UCUGUUCCUCCUCAGCUAACCCCCUACCUCAAGUAGAAGAAUACUCUGUCACCUUGCUGCCUGCUUCUCUCUUUCGGUCCCAAUUUGUUAAUUGCCACGCGCCGACGACCAGCACAGCCGUUAUUCUUUCAUUGCUAACAAUUCACACACACACACACAGAGAGAGAGAGAGAGAGAGAGCAAGGAGGAGGAGAAGGUAGAGCAAUGGGGAUAGGCAGCGACAACGCUGCGUUUCCCUUCACCACCACCACCACCACCUCCCCGCGCUUCUGCAACCCCAUCAGUCACAGGAGGAUAUUUUCAGAUGUUGCAGAGGAUGUAACGGUAUCGGUGGAUGGUCAAUCUUUUCUACUGCACAAGUUCCCUUUAGUAUCUCGGUGUGGACUCGUACGAAAAAUGGUAGUGGACUCCAAGGAUCCAGAUCUCUUAAAGCUGGAGCUUGUAAAUGUACCAGGAGGUGCUUUUGCAUUCGAACUUGCUGCCAAGUUCUGUUAUGGUAGCAAUUUUGAAAUAACCACGGCAAAUGUGGCCCAUCUCCGAUGCGUUGCAGAGUACUUGGAAAUGACAGAGGACUAUCAAGAGGAGAACCUCAUUUUUAGGACAGAGACAUACUUAAAUGAGAUUGUGCUCAAGAACCUUGACAAAUCCCUGGAAGUUCUUUGUACAUGUGAUGGAUUGGACCCAAUAGUGGAGGAAGUCGGGCUUGUAGAUAGGUGUGUUGAUGCAAUUGCGAUGAAUUCAAGCAAGGAGCAGCUGGUUUCGGGUUUGGCUCACUUGGAAUGUGAUGUGGGAUCUGGAAAGUUGCGUAUGCACUGCCAGGAUUGGUGGGUUGAAGACCUUUCUGCACUGAGAAUCGACCACUAUCGACGUGUGAUUGCUGCAAUGAGGAGAACUGGGGUGAGGCCAGAGAGUAUUGGCACCUCUAUUGCGCACUAUGCCCAAACAUCGCUAAAGGGUGUCGAAAGACGCCAUGUAUGGGACUCAGGUCCCUUUGUCGGAGACAGUCAAAGAAUGAUUGUCGAAACACUCAUCGAUCUGUUGGCGACUGAAAAUAUUACCACGGUUACUUUGUCAUUCUUGUUUGGCAUGCUGAGAAUGGCAAUUGAAGUUGAUGCAAGCCUAGAUUGUAGAAUCGAAGUCGAGAAAAGGAUUGGUCUCCAGCUUGAGAUGGCAUCACUAGAUGAUCUUUUGAUCCCCUCCACGCAAACAAGCGACUCAAUGUUUGACGUUGACACCGUGCAUCGCAUAUUGGUGAACUUCUUGCAAAGGAUCGACGAAGAUGAUUCAGGAGAAUUGUCACCUUGUGGAUAUGAUUCGGAUGGACUAAAGUCUCCAAGCCACAGUUCAGUCCUGAAGAUUGGAAGACUCAUGGAUGGCUAUCUGGCAGAGAUAGCACCAGAUCCAUAUCUGAAACUGCAGAAGUUCAUGGCUCUUAUUGAACUAUUGCCAGAUUAUGCACGCAUUGUUGAUGAUGGACUCUACCGUGCCAUUGACAUAUACUUGAAGGCACACCCAUCUCUUACGGAAUCAGAGUGCAAGAAGCUGUGCAAACUGAUCGACUGCCAGAAGCUGUCCCAGGACGCAUCCAGCCACGCGGCGCAGAACGACCGUCUCCCGAUCCAGAUGGUGGUGCGCGUGCUCUACUUCGAGCAGCUCCGCCUCAAGUCGUCCUUCUCGGGCGGCGACGGCUCCUUCUCGCAACGCUUCAUCUGCAGCAGCGGCGUGCCGAGCUCGUGCGUGUCCCCGCAGCGGGACAACUACGCGUCGCUGCGGCGGGAGAACCGGGAGCUGAAGCUGGAGAUAUCGCGGAUGCGGGUGCGGCUGACGGAGCUGGAGCGGGAGCAGGGGCUGAUGAAGCAGCAGGGGAUGCGGGGGGACGGGCGGCCCGGGGAGCACGGCAGGGCGUUCUUGGCGUCGCUGUCGAAGGGGAUUGGGCGGAUAACGAUGUUCGGCGGGUCGGCCGCGGAGAGGAGGAGGAAGAAGAGCGCGAGGAGCUCGCAGUGCUCGGAAGGGAAGAGCCGGAGGCGGCAGAAGGCGUCCUUCGCGUACGACUGAAGCUUGGAAUCAUCACUGAUGGCGAGUGAGUGAGCGAGCGAGCUUGAUGAAGCACAUAACACUGGCGGGGCAGAUGCAUGCCUGCGUUUUCAGAGUUGGUGCAGGCAGAAGUGAGGGCUGUUUGAGCUGUAGUCAUCAGCUCAUCACUCAGACCAACCACGGGAGGAGGAAUAUAAGAGGCAGGCUUAGGUGGGGCAGACAGCUGUGCUUGCUACAAGCUGGUGAGGCGAGAUUUUAGCGGGAAUGCAGGAUCAUGAAUGUAGCACCACCAGACCAGUACGUACGCAUCUACAUACUUGACUGUAAUAUUAGUCUAUAGUACACUAUUUUAGGUGGGGCUCCUUGCCUGAA